AUGGCUGAAGAUGCCUUGCUCAGUAUUACGACCUUGUUGCAGAAUCUGCCAAUCUGGAUAGCAGGUAUUGAGGGCAUCCUCAAAGAUGCAACAGAACGACAGCAAAAGUUGCUUGCGGAGCAUCAGCCAGCCGACUCACUGCCCGUAGUGAAGCGGAGAAGGCGGUCAAGCGUGAGCUCGAUUUGGUCCGAAGUCGUGAGAGUAGGGACGCAAGAAGACCUAGAAGUUAAAGGAGACAAUGGAGAAGAAGGCGUUGGAGCAGAGCCGGAAGAGGAGAAUGAGGACUGGCCUGUGGUGGCUUCCGUUGCACUUCUCAGACCUCAGCUUCCACACAUGACACAUUCAGAUGCGCUCAGGUUAUCACAACGCAAGCGCAAGACUGCCUCAGUAUGCUCCGGCGACCAUUCUGGUGGCCCAGUCAAAUAUCGAUGUCGAGGCCUUGCAGUGAUAUACUACGACGGCGAUGUACAGAAGCGCUUCGAAGCAUUAGUGAAGGCUGUCCAGCUCUCUCGACAUAGCAUUAGAAAGGCGAGCGACAAGAUGACCGCCGCAAGAAGCCGACCACCGGACCGCAAUAGCGAUGACAGCAGCAGUGAUGCAGACCGGACAGCCGGGAUGAGCGUGCGCGAAUUCCAGGCGGCGAAGUCCCGUCAAAGGAAAGCUAGCCUUACACCUCCCGAUGAGUGUGCUGUCAUGCUCGAUCGUGUGGACGUACUGUUGAACAAGGGCCAGGAUCUUUGCGAGCGGGCUGCUCACCAGGUCUUGCGAGAUGGCGACUGUGCAUUAGAGCUUAAGAACGCCGUGAAGAGACUGAAGGAGGCAAAUGAGACCGCGGAGGCACGGCUUUCAGAUCUUGAGAAGCGUGCGGCGGAGACGUCGGAGCAAAAUCGACAACGCGAUGAGGAGCGAAAGAGUCGCGAGUCCGCUGAUGGCAGGAAGAAGCGUUUGUCGAGCGAGCCCGCCACGUCGACCUCACCAGUGCCGAGUCUGGUCGCAUCGUUGCCUUCUGAUAACCGGCUCGAGGUGGAUCUUGAUGCUGACGCCACCGAUGACGACGGUGAAGACUUUGAUGCCAGUGCCUUUGCUGUUGGGAAGUACCAGAUGCGCAGCACGAGGUUGCUGGCGCACUAG